UCUUAGGUGUUUGGAAUGUCGGCCGGCGUUUGGUGAAGGCGAUCGGGCUGCGUCGACGGCUCGGCAUCCGUCCCUUUUCCCCCGAAUCUGUCCUAUUUCGGUCUGGCUCCGUGGGCUCGGGCCCGUCUCGCCUCUGGCCGUCUGGUCGACGAAGCCUCGUGCACAUGGUUUCCGGGUUCGCCUCCGUUCCUGCGGCGUACGUUCGUCCGAAUCCGCUCUCCGACCUCUCGCAUCUCGCAUUUACGAUCCGUCCAUCGCCUUUCGCGUCUAUUACGUCAUAAUUGUGUUGUAGAAAAUUACACGGGAUCAAUUAUAUAAGAAUUUGUGUCAGAUCGCAUUGCACCGUCCCGAUGUGUUUCUAAGUGUAUUUUGUACUUUUCCAGUUUUCCGACUGCCUUCCGUCCCAGACGGUUUUCCACCCAGGCCGACACGUCCUUUCCCCGUUCUCGUCCUUCCGACGUUUUCCUCCUGUUCUUCCUCUAUUCGUCUCGGCUCCAUUUUUUCGUUCCGGCGGAGUGUCGACUGAUAUCGGCGAACAAGCCCGUUUUCCAAUUUAUCCACCGUUUCUCCCUUUAAUCCAUCAAGCGAGCAAUUUUUACAACCGUAUCGUAUUUUUCUGGAGUUAUUUUUAAGGAGAAAAACCGAUGUUAUUGCGGAAUACGAGUCGAGAGGAUUCUCUUAAAUGAUAGGGAGCGUGUACAUGAAUGGGGACGUUGGGAAAGUCCCUCCAGGGGCGGUUUUCGCUGCCACCCCUGAUCAACAUGCACCCAGUCCCACAACAGAUUUCAGCUUGUUGAAUGGGGUAACUGAACAACUGGAUAGCUACAGUGAUGGUGGGGCCUUGCCCGUCGGGCAGGCACCCCCAGAACCAGUUGUAGAUUCCAACCACCAGACAACUCCGAUGCCAAUUGAGCAGCUGAAACAGAUGCUCUCCUCCCAAUUGGAGUAUUAUUUUUCUAGAGAAAAUUUAGCAAAUGACACAUAUCUGCUAUCUCAAAUGGAUAAUGAUCAGUAUGUACCAAUAUGGACAGUAGCUAAUUUUAAUCAAGUAAAAAAAUUGACUACAGAUAUAAAACUUAUAACUGAAGUCCUUAGAGAAUCACCAAAUUUGCAAGUUGACGAUGAAGGUCAGAAGGUGCGCCCAAACCAUAAAAGGUGCAUAGUUAUAUUAAGAGAAAUCCCCGAUAGCACGCCUUUAGAGGAAGUUAAGGGUCUCUUCUCUGGAAAGGGAUGUCCCAAGUUGAUAUCUUGUGAAUUUGCUCAUAAUAACUCAUGGUAUGUCACUUUUGAGAACGACGAAGAUGCUCAGAAGGCAUACAGGUUUUUGCGAGAAGAAGUAAGAGAGUUUCAGGGUAGGCCAAUUAUGGCAAGGAUUAAGGCUAAACCGAUGAAUAGGCUUUUAGUACCUGCUGUGGGACCAGGAAUGGCAGGUUUGAAGAAUGGUUACCGAACUCCUCCUGCAUCUGUAGCUGCGACGAAUGUUUAUGAGCCUGGAAAUGCUUAUGCUCCAGGUCAGCAAAGAUAUUUGUUUACUAAUGGGACAUCGCUUGCCGCUCCCAAUGUAAAUUACACUCCAAAUCAAGUGCAAAUAUAUUUUCAACACCAUCAGCAACCGUUUUAUCCACCAAAUAUGCUGCCAUCAUGGGGACCAACAAACACCACCUAUUUUGAUAUAGGAAGUGUAUUUUCUGUAAACGGUCUCGCUCCCCAAGGACCAUUUGCUAAAACUCACACAAAUAGGUACGCGUCAAGAAAUAGGCAUAAGCGUCUCGUUAGUGGGUUGGAGCAAAGGACCACAAUGAGUGACAGCGGUCUCGUGAGAAACCCCCAUAUGGGCGGUACAACUAAAUUAGGAACUACUGGAAAGCUCGAAACAUCAAACAGCUCUUCAGUUUCAUCGAAGUCACAUUAUUUCAGGGACUCAAAUCAGUCAGAAACGUCGGAUUCACUAGCAACAUCACGUCACGACCCUGAAGAUGUGUAUAGACAGCCGAUAUCAGCUGGCAAAGACUCAAUACCAGCCAGAUACAGGCGUAGGAGGAAAGAAGAAGAAACUCAGAGCAGAGGAGGCGGAAGCCCUGGGCCUCAAUUCGACCUCGAAGCCGAUGCCUUCCCUCCUCUUCCGGGCUUAGAACAAUCCCAAAGUCAAAAUGCUGCCAAAGCUCCUCCGCUGACUCCUCCAGCACCUGUUACUCAAGCCUCUGUGACAGUAACUAUGGCUUCUGCUCCUGUGGUCGAUGCCCCUCCCACUGUUGACCAAACUUCUUCACCUCAGUGGACUGAAAACAGAUUGUCUGAUGUAGUGAAGGGGACUGCUAAAGGGAAAACUGUCGGUGCAAGCAGUAGUAAUGGCUCAAAGGAAAAGGAUGUCCCAUGUCCGGGAGGGAUCGGGUCCCAAGGAGGGCCCCUUUCCCCUCGGCUACCCUCGCCCCAACUUCCCACACCGCCACCCACCCCUGACAAGACAGUUCCUGGAGCUGCUGGUAGCAAUAAAGCUCACCUAGCAGAAAAAUUAAAGACUGAUGAAGCAGUGAUUAACGGAAAUGGUGAGCCUGCCACUGCUGGCUCAAGUGAUUCACUUGUAGAAGCUAAACCCCCUUCUUCCUACAAUACUGCUAUGGCCCCCCUCCCAGAAACGCCAAAUCCUCCCACACACAUACCGCCACAAACUCCCCCGUCACAACAGUUAUCUGCACAAAAUCAGGCUGAUUUGGGAGUUAUCAAGUUAAGUUAUGCCCAAGUGGCUCAACAUCACAAAGAAAAAGCAGAAAGGGAAAAGCAGCAACAGUUACAACAGCAGCAACAGCAACAACAAUUAAUAACAGCGCACCAACAAGUAGCAACAGCUGUGAUAUCUGUUUCACAAAAUACGUCUAGUACACCACAAGCAGAAGAUGAGAAAAAGGAAGCGACAGGGUAUUAUCAGCCAAAAGGUGAGGCAGUGGCAGGACGUGGAAGAGGUGGUCCUAGGGCUCCCCCAAGGAGGAGGGAUAACGCUCAGCGUUUUAACUCAAGGCAAAGAUCACCCAAAUAGCACACCCCAUUUCGACUGGAGAAUUGGCCUAGAGUGAGGUGAAACAGUGAUGCGGAUUUCCCUGUUUGAGGCCCGCAGGCUGGCACCGAAGUGCCUCGCAGCAGUCCUGGUAUUACAAGUGUCAGGAACUGUAUCCCCCCUUUCCCAAAUAAUAUAUUUCUCACCCUUCCCCCCUACACCUUACAAAAAUUUCAAGAAAACCACUCCAUUUCUCCUCUCCCCCUAUAUUCAUUCCUCACACGUUCUAAAUAAUUUUAAAUGCGAUGUGUUUUUUGGGCAAUUUGGUGAAUGUGUAAUAUAUCAGGGAAAGUGUGCAUAUUGUGAAAAAUUUACAGUUGAUUGCUCGUAGGCACUAUAUUAUAUAUAUUAUAAUAUUGAGGGUAAUUUUGGAGGAAAAGAAAAAAAUUUAUAAAAUGUUUAAAAAAAAAAAAAGAAAAAAAGAAAGAGCCUAUUAGAGCUAAAUUUUAUUUCAGUCAUUCACAGCUGCGAUUUGGCUGUUUUAAGGUGCUGUGAGUGAAUUUGAUUGAAUAUAUAUAUUCACAUUCUAUCAGCAUCUUUUUGUAAAUAAAUCUUCGAUUACAAAUAAUUAUUUUUGACAAAUGUGUAUAGAGUGCAAGCUAGUUAUCUACCUAGGUGUAAUAGUUGUAUGAUUCCUCCAAAAAGAAAACAAAAAAAUCUAAAAACAUUUAAAAAAUAUAAGAAAAAAAGGAUUGUCUUGUUUACAAAUUGUUGGUUUUUAUUCGUAUUUAUGUAUUGUAUAAUACAGGUGUUAACUUGCGCGCGUUUAUCCUAUACCGAGCCAUUUUGGAAAUUGAUGCUCACGAAGAGUGGGUUGUUCUAUAUUCCCCAUUAUUAUUUUUAAAUGUAAUAUACAGUUUGUGUUGUAAUUAAAAGGUAAUGCAAAUAUAUUUGGUAACAAUGAACUUUUUUAGUCGAGUCAAAAGUCUUAAAUAAAUAAAUUAUUAAAAAAGGAAAAAGUACUCUCUUAUUUAUAUUUGCACAGUUAUAUUUAGCUUUUCUUUUCAUUUUAUUUUGUGUAUUUUUACAAAAAAAAAUUUCUUAAAUGUUUCGCAAAUUAAUUUUAACUUGUUUCUUUUGAAUUAAAGAUUACUGUAUAUUACUUUGCACAAUAUAUAGCUUGAUAGUUGAGGUUGCUUACAUUCAUAUCGGUAUACCGUCAAUUAUCUUAGUCCACUGUAAUAUACAGAAAAUAUCCUUAUAAAUUAUACUAACUGUUGAAUGUAAUUUUAUUUAUACAUAAUUAUUAUGCGUUUAACAAAAUAUAUCUCAAUUAGAAGAAUGAUAAUAUUUACGUUAAUUAAAUUGUAUUAUUUUUAAUAUUACAGUUUUAUUGUAAGUUAAAUACAAAUACUAGCUUUUAUCAUUCUAGUACUGAUUUUCGUUUCCUUCUUUAACAUUAAUUUUUUAUUGUUUCGUUUCCUAUAGAGAUAAUAAAUUUAAAAAAAUAAUAAUUGAACCGAACGAGCUUCCAUUAGAGUGUAGUUAGUUUCGGACCGGAUGGUAUUUAACGAUCGGUAUGUCGAUUUUGUUUGUAAACACUUCUUCAAGGUUUGGUACGAAACAAUCAGGUAAAAUUAAUUGCUCAUUUUCUUUUGUUGUCCAUUUCAGUGCUGUUAGCAUUCUUCUUUUAAUUAUAUUAUAUUGUAAGUUUUUUUGUGUUUUAAGUAUAUUAGUUAAGAAACUGGCAUGUUAAAAAAACACAUGAACUUGACACUUUUUGUAAACGAUACGUAUCAAUUAAUAUAUGUUAAUGCUCUGUUGAUACUAUGCAAAAUUGUGUGAUAAAACAAAAAUUCUUCUAUGCUGACUUGUAAAUUGCCGAAUGUUGGAAUUUACUUUCUCAAAUAAAAAGGAAAUGUGUUGUAAUUAAAUAA